AUGAAUAGCCAAUUUCCCAUGCAUCCAACCUAUACAUUACCUGGCAUAAUGCAUUAUUUGCAAACGGAAUUUACCAAGAACGAACGUGACAGAAUUUCUUGGGAAUUGGAAAGAUCAGAAAUGAAGGCACGUAUUGCCCACUUAGAAGGUGAAAAUAAAGAUUUGAGGUAUAGGUUGAUGAAAUUGGAUCCAAAUCCCGAACCAGAAAUACUAAGAACACUCGAUAAAAGCGAUACCUCACCACUGAUCAAAUCAAAGGCUGCCGUGCAGGAAAAUGUCAAGGAAAUCAUAUACCUUUUUAAAAGUCCUAAUCUAGGCUCUCAAAUGGAAACUUUAAAUGAGAAGAAGGAUCCUGUUCAUGAAUUGGAAAAAAUGGGGUUUAAUCAGAGUAGAGAUAAUCAAUCUCAGCCUCUAGUCGAUAACGAUAAUGCAGAACACCAAAGAAUAGAUUUGCAUCAAGUGGAUUCGCUACAGGAGGUGACACAACAUGAAGAUUUAGGAGGCGCUGAAAUUGAUGAAAGAUCGGACGCCGGUACUGUUGUAGUUGGGUCAGAAAAUGAACAACAGGAAGCAGAGGAGUCCUCGGACUUCACCAAACGUCAUCGUUCUUCGUCUUUAUUCACAUCCGAAAAAGUUCAGCCUUUAGAUGCUAAGGAGGAACAGCCGCAGGAGGAAAGAGUUAGUUUAGUACAGGGAAGCACUGAUCGCUCUGCAAUUGUUAGAUUAAAAGUUCACGGUAAUAAAGUAAUAGCAUAUUCGAAAUCAGGUGAGUUGAGCCAAAGGUUUGUUAACAAAUCUUUGGAUUGGGAAAAUGAUCAAUACCAUAAGUAUGAAGGUUUAUCAUCCGAAUUAUUAGACAUCUUUUGGGUGGACAAUGAAAAAUUCUUAACAUUAGAUAAUGAAGGUAUCAAAUUGCGGAAGACAACAGUGGAAGAUCACCCGAUUGCUGCUCUAAAAUUAUUUGGUGAAAAUUUGCAAUUUAAUCAGGUAAAUGCAUGGGAUUUCAAAAACAGCUGGCUGUUAUUGGCGCUAAAGGGAAGAAUAUAUUUGAAAGAAAUUUCAAUAUCACCUGAUUCUUCGAAGAUCUCCAUAGGUAAGAGUUAUUACUUUAACACAAACAAGAAGGUUUGGGAUGCUAAAUUUGGCAUGACUGAAAAAAGUCUAAUCGUUCUCAACAGGAACCCUGAUGAGCUGGUCAUAUACAGCUUCCAAGGUAAACAACUGCAGAAAAUUGAUAUUAGGAAACAUCUUUCGAAAAAUAUUGCAUCUGAUUCAGAUGCGAUGUUAUAUUUGAAUAAAAAAAGUUCUAAAUUGUUAAUAUUGAUUCAGGAAUUGUUGCUGAUAUAUUCAUUUGAUCAGAAGAAAAUUAUUUUGAAACAGUCCCUAAGAUCACAACCAACAAGUGUAAUUUUCAAUUCUCCAAAAGAUUACGUUGCAUUGGCAUACGAUGAUGGUUAUAUUGAAUUGAGAAAUAUCAAGGAUUUCAAUUCUGUAAUUAAAAGGUACAAUCACGUCAAUGAUGAAGUGGAAUUGGAUGAAAAUACACAAUCACUUAUGGAUUCGGGUCUAAGACCAAUGGAUAGAAACCCAAUUGUCUUGCAAGAUACGGAAAUCGAUAACCAUAAGGUCAUAAUUUCGGCGGAUAAUAGCGGAAGAAUGAAAUUAAACGAAAUUCAGGAAUUGGGAGAAAAUUAA